GGGGAAAAAAAAAAAAAAAAAAAGGCCGGGAGCGGGAACGGAGUGCGUGUCAGGUUGAUAUAAUAAUAUUUUGGAACAAUCGACAAGAAACCCGAGCGAUUCUCCCAAUCUCGAGUCCAAAGCGGGUGCCCCUGGGAUUAGACUGGGAUAGGAGAGUACAGGAAGAGGAUCCCAGCCCGACAAAAACUGGGGUCUGAUGCACCUUGAUAUGGAAAGCCGCAAGCAAAUGCCAAGUACGCCGUGGCGGUGCAACCCAAGAUCACGUCGGCGAAUAGAGUACAUAGUCCAGAGUACUUUGGUCUCUCGGAAAAGCCCAAGGAUACGCGAGAAGCUGGCAGCUCGGCCACGCGAUUGGAAGAGGUGCUCCUAGGCUAACCCGACAGUCAGGAGUUGGCGUGAUAAUGUAGCUUGACGAGGCGACAACCUGGCCCUGGUCGCCACAUAUCUCGCAGCCACCUCGCGACGGCCCAUGAAGAGGAAAUACUGUCACAAUCUAGAGACCUUGGGGGGGGGGGUAAAAGGAAUACAUGGGUGGAACCACCCCCCCCCGCUGCUUGCUUGCGGAGAAAGCCAACAACUGGUCGCAAACCCAACCAUGUUAUCGGCCCACGAUCAGGGUUGGCAACUCAAAAAAGAAAAAGGUAUCAAAUGACGGGUCGAGGAAAUUGACCGGGACUGACGAGAGUCGCUGGUGCCAUGCAGAUCCCUUCUGGAAGACUCUUGGCUUCCCUGAUCACGGAUCCCCGCCCUCUUGGGCCUGCGUGCUGGAUCGCGGAGAAAUAAGGAUGUCCAAGACGAAAUGCGGUGUCACAUACGGAGUACAAAGAAGAAGUUGACGCAGACCGAAGAAAAAAAAAUGUCCCGAGGCGGAGCUUGGUCCUCUCCUUUUCUUUUUGCUUUUCUCGUUUUUUAAUUUUUUAAUUUUUUUUUUUUUUUCUAAGUUCAACCCAACAGUGAGAAGCCAGAUACACAUUCAGGUGCUUUUGUAAGGUCUUUUUUUUUUUUUUUUUUUGUGUGUACGGAGUACUCCGUAUACUUUGUUCUUAUUUUUUAUUUUUCAUUUUCUUAUUUCGUUUUUUUGCCUUUUCACUUUCCGUGGGUGGGAUGGAAUGGCUUAAGAUUAGCAUUUUGCAGGGUGUGAGUUUUGGGUAUGAUUCUCCUGAUUCGAGGUGGGCUGGUCAAUCAACGCCUUCUUGCUGG